AUGGGGUGUUUCUCUAGCAAGCCUAAGGAGACGGCUGAAGGCUUCCUCAACGGCCAGCCCAGUGAGGCGUUUCCCUACGACGAUAUACGCAAGUGCACGGAGCGGGACAACGGCCUGCUCUUCCGCCUUGUGAACAACAGUAAAAAGCAGUGGGCCUUCUACAACGACUCCAAGAUCUACGAGUUCCACGUCACCGUGAAUUUUUCAAGCCAAAGCAACGUGGAGCCGCUCGGCGACACCACCGUUGUGCGGGACCCCAACGACGGACGUCUUGUGGCCAAGGCAAUUGUGUACCCCGGCCUCACGGAGCCCUUCGUGCAGGGCGACGUGGACGGCUUUGACGCGGAGUACCAGGCGGUGGUGCUCACCGAGGAGUACAAGAAGAAGAAGGCGCAGCUGAAGGCCAAGAAGCACGCCGCGGAGGCCAACGACGACCUCGAGGAGGUGCACUAG